AUGACACAAGACAUUUCACAAAAAUUUGUUGAAGCAAAUUCACCAUUUAAUUUGAAUCAAGUUUUAGAGGACAAAAAAGUUGCUUGCGAUUUUAUUGAAUGGACAUUAUUAAGAAUUGAUUAUCGUUUAGAAGCAUUUGAUCCACAGAGUAUUGGAACUAAUUAUAUAUUAAAUUUAACUAAAAAACUUGAAAGAACACAAAUUCUAGCGCAAAAAUUAUCAUCUAUUGGAUUAUGUAAACCAACAGAAACAGAUUUGAUUGAGGCAACAGCUCCUCAUAAUCGUUUAUUUCAAUUUUAUUCAAAUCUAUUCACUUUGUUAAAAGCUGCUUGUGUUAUUAAUGAUGAUGAUUCGCAAAGAGUUUCUAAUAAUGAAAGUAAAAUGAAUGACAUUCAAAAAUCUUUUGUUCUAAUGGAUGAAUUAACUUUAAACUGUGAUAACAUACACAAAAUUUUCAAUAAAGAAUUUGAAUUAUUUCCAAAGGAUGUAACCUUGAUGAUCGGUAAGGCUAAAGAUGAAAAGAACAAUAUUGGCAAAGUUGAUAUAAAUGUACUUCAAUCCUUCAAAGAACAAGAAUUCCAAUUAAUUCAAAGCUUAAAAGAAGAAUUGGCUCGCGUAGAAGGAGAGCAAACACUUGAUAAAUUUUCUCGGGUAUCAGAAGAACUUAUCUCACAAUUAACAAAAUUUUCUAUAAUUCAUGAUGAAGAAAUUGGUCCAUGGAUUAAAAAAGAUUCAAUAGAACGAAAUGAGAAAAAAGUUAUUCAAGGAUUGGGACAACAAACACAUGAAGCACGGAAUAAAUUAGAGAAAUUGCAUCAAAUUCUUAAAGACCUUGAAACUAUUCAUACAUCAUGUGAAAAUAUAUUGUCUCAUCUUCAAAGUACAUUGGAAACACAGGAAACAAGAAAUAAUUUAAUCCAACCGAAGAUUUUUAGAAUCAAUAUGCAAGGUGAAACUGGGUCAGAGGCAAUUGUAAAAUUACAAAGUAUUGAAAAAAGUUUAAAGGAUGGAAUUGUAAGAAGGGAAAGAGGCGGAUCAUGUCUUAAGUUAAUGAUUCGGGCUAAACCCGAAACCGAAAUUGUCCUACCUAGAGGGGGAAAUGCGAACGGAUUACAGAAAGACAUUAGACCAAUACGUGAAAAACAAUAUCAAUCAGAGUCAAUAAAAAUCAUUGCUGAUUAUCUAAACGAAGUCGAGUAUAAAUAUGUAGUUGAUGAAAGACUUUUUCAAAUGCCCACAGCAAAAGAAUAUCACGCGAUUUUCAAAUUUGUAUUUCAACGACUCGAACCCGGAAGAGACAUAGCGAAGAUAGAAGAAAUUGUAAAUAUUUUGAGAUGGAUAAAAUAUCCUUAUUCUCAUGAAAUUUCAAAAUCUUCUUUACAAGCUGUUGGAAAUGUGCAAACAUGGCCAAAUCUUUUGGGUGCACUAAGGUGGUUGGUGGAAUUUAUAGCUACAUGGGAAACUAUCGAUCAAUUAGAAAAAGAAGCUGAAGAAGAGCCAGCACCAUUUAAUCCAGACACCGCAUUUUUUACAUAUGUUACUAAAGCGUACAAUGUGUUCUUGGAAGAACAAAGUAAUGCAGACAUUGUUGUUCAAACUGCCGAAUUACAAAAGAAAGUAGAUGAACUUGAAAAGGAAAUGAAUGAGAUGAAUGAGGAGGAUCCCUUGACAACUGUUAUAAAUGAAAACAAUACAUUACUGUCAGAUAUGGCCAAAUUCAAUGCGUACACAAAACAUCUGGAAGAUAAAAUCAAUAAACUUAAAGAUUCUAUUACCAAGUUAGAAGAGCAAAAUCAAGGAGCAGAUCUUGCAAAAAUCGAAGAAGAAAAGGCAGAAAUUCAGCAGAAAGUGGACAGUCAACCAAUAUCACCUGACGAUGUUGAAAGAAUGCAUAAAGAAAGCGAGCAAAUAACCAAUAAUCGUAAUUCAAUUGCUGCCAAAAUGAAAGAAUUGGCUAAAUUGCAAUGGGAGAAAGGAUUAGAACUAGAAAAAAGGAUAUCCGAAAUAGAAAAACAAAUUCAAUACUAUAACACAGGUCUUUAUCGUGUUGGGAUGUUACCGUCAAGCGCACAAUACGCUAAGGGAGAGAACUAUGAAAUAUCUCUUGAUACGGAUGUGGAUCGAAUCGAUAAAAUGAUAUCAUUAGAUCUAAGAAAUUUUGUCACGGCAUGUAGUAGUAAUAGUAGUAUUAAAGUUAAAAUUUCAGAAGUUCGAGAAAGUUUUAAUUGCGAGUAUGAUAAAACCCAAGAGCAAAUAAAUCAAAUUAGUGAAGAAAUUCAUCACAUUACUGAUGAUAUUGCCGAUAAAGAAAUGGAUUUGAAAACUUUGGAGGAAAAUAAAAGUAUACUUACGCGACAAUUUGAAGAAGUAAAACAGCUUGAACAAAAUGAAGCAGAUUCAUUAACAAAAAGAUGUGCAAAUUUCGAACAAAGGGUUGGCCAAUUACGAUCUGAAGGAGCAUCCGUUUACGUUGAAUGGAAACAGAAAAGACAAGAAAUUCAAAUUCAAUUCGAUCGUUGUCAACAAGAAUAUAAUGCAGCACGGGAAUCAACUUAUAAUGAAUUUAAUCAAAUUAAAAAUGAACAACUUCGAAAUCAACAACAUAUUUCAAAUGUUUUAUUAGAUUUAAAGAGGUUGUCAGAAAAUGAGUUAAAUGAAGUAAAAAAAUAA